AUGCAUUACUGCCCUGAAAAUGAGCCUAUAGGUUGCAAUACUACUGAUAAAUGUCCUCAAGACUACAUUGGUGACUAUUGUCAGUUCUAUGCUGGAUUCUAUUCCGCUACAAUCGGUUUAGUGAUUGGACUAUUUGUCACCCUCUUAAUAAUUUUACUGGCAAUCGUUUUCAUUUGGUACUGUUGUGCAAGAAAGAAAAGAAGAAAACAAGAAAGUCAACAAGUUGAACGUUUACCGUCGAGAACAUGUUUAUCUAACCGAAUCAAUCGUAAUGACAUGAUAUAUGGAAUGAUCGAUGUAACACCUUAUACCAGUCAUGCAAACCUAGCAUCAACACAAAUACGAGGAUACUCUACUUCGCAAUCGUGUAGCGUCUAUGAAAAUGUUGGUUGGGGUGAAGAUAUAGAACCCGCAAAAUUCAUUUUCACAGUUCCAUCUUCAGUAUACAUAUAUGAAAAAGGUGAAUCGCCUAAUUUACUUGACUUUGUCAAUACAAAUAAAAGUGAUGAUAAGCAAAAGUCAAUUUCAAUUUCAGAAUAUGGUUUAAUUACUGACAGAUCGACUACAUCAACGUCUAUCAUACCUAUACAUCGGGAAGUAAUGACAUAA